AUGGGCAAUGAAGAGGACUGCAAGUCGUGGCUCAAGCUUAGUGAAAGAGUGAAUUCCUUUCUAUUUGUAUGCGACAGAAAUACAACCCACAACAAUGGACGAACCAGCGCGCAAACGAAGGAGGACCAACUCCCCAACAGACAGAGAAUCAAGUCCACUAAGAAAGCCUGCGCGAAGGCCGUCAUUUGCAUCACCUACGAAAGCCAGCCUGCCGGCUCACCAUCGCGACCGAGUCGUGGAAAGCAGGCGCGUGCUUAUGUCCUUGGCGAGACAGACAUGCAGGAAGCACUGGGCCGAGAGCUGGCGCAGUGGGAUGGUUCAGGAGGAAUCAAGUCCACACCUAGAUCGCAACGAACGGUGGCCGAGGAAGAAGAAGAGGAGGAGGAGGAGCCGGAGCUGCCAACAACACCAUCGCAACGAGGUCUGGAGGAACUAGAUGGCCCUCGGCGGGGUGUCUUGUUCUCAUCACCAAGCAAGCGCCCUCCCCGUGCGAAGGAUCCUGUGAAGCAGUCACCUCUGCGACCCAAAGCACCACCCGUACAAGUAACGUCCCCUGCUCACCAUUUGGAAGAUGGUCCCGUCGACGCAAAGAUGAACCCUCGGCCCAAGAAGAUGGAGCCUCUCGACCUGGAGGUUGAGAAAAGGAAACAAGAGAAGGCGAAACUUGAGCGCGAAUUGGCGGAGCUAGAGGUACAGGUGACAAGGUGCACGGAAGAAAUUGUGAAAGAACAGCAAAGAGGUCCCACUGAAGCACUGCGAUCGGCAGAUCGAACAGACUUGCAAGACUUUAUCACUAAAGUCAGUGGCGCGAACGCGGACGUGGAGGCUGCCCUUCCAGUCUCUAGUCUACUGUGCUCAUUCUUGCCAUUCUCGACCAUGCCAAUACGACAACCACGCAGCAAGGUACCAGAAAAACCUGUACCAUCGCAUCAACCAGUGGAGCUAGCAGAUCCUCUACCAUACCUCGAGAUGUUUACAUCCUUCAAAGUCACUACACAACUAGGCCUUUCACGCGGCAAGAUCUUGCCGUCUUCGAAACGUGUACAUCAGAAACACACCAUCGAUAUCGUCGGACCCCAGAAGCUCCUCACGGCCCAAAUCUCGGUCGUAAUCGACACUCUAGCCAACGAGAUCAUUGACAUGCACAUACUUCGUCUUUCACCAUGGGCGGAGCGAGAACUCGGCACCUUCCUGCGCAAGCGUGCGGAACAACGGGAUCUUGGCAACGCAUGCUGGGCCAUCGAAUCGUACUGGAAUAUCGCCCAAAAACGUGCGCAACACUGGCAUCGAGCCGAACAAACAUUCUCGCAUCUUCUUGCCGGCCACUCAAGUGAAGAUACGGAAAAUACGCGCCCCAAAGCAAAUCCCGAUACGAAGAUCUCGCGACGAGAUCUGAACCGCCACCUCGGCCGUGACAGCCUGAUCCUCCAAGACAAGCACGUCCUGCUGAAGCUCAACUGGCGUAUCGGAUUUGAUUGGACGGGUGAAGCAGAAUCACAAGUCACCGUUGAGCCUGCGUUUCCCAGUGUGUGGACUGAGGCUGAUGCAGCGAAGACGUUUAGUAAAGUACCCGAGACGUUUGCAUCGUUGUUACAGAGUAGAGGGGCGUUUGAGGCGACGCGGGUCAUGACUGCGUUGUUGUUUGGGCAGUAG